CUCUUAAAGGGACCACGCGUUGCUGGAGGCUGGUUGCCCAGUCUGUAGACCGCCGAAUCGCCUGGGAAAACUUUAUUUCCUCUUUGCUAACCGGAAGAGAGCAGAGUCGCCCGGAAAUCUGCUCGCCUCCUGCUCCUCACUCCCGAGUUAACGCUACCGCGAGUCUCCUGUUUCGUAAAGCCCCAGCAGCCCGCGGCGACUUGAUAAGCGCUUUACAAGCACGUUCUCCGACGGUACUGCUCAGCUAUGGCUCGUGGUCCCAAGAAGCAUCUGAAGCGAGUUGCGGCUCCAAAGCAUUGGAUGCUGGAUAAACUAACAGGGGUAUUUGCUCCUCGUCCAUCCACUGGUCCCCAUAAGCUGAGAGAAUGUCUCCCUCUCAUCAUUUUCCUAAGAAACAGGCUCAAGUAUGCCUUAACAGGAGAUGAGGUGAAGAAGAUAUGUAUGCAGCGGUUCAUUAAGAUUGAUGGCAAGGUGCGCACUGAUAUAACCUACCCUGCUGGUUUUAUGGAUGUCAUCAGCAUUGACAAGACUGGAGAGAAUUUCCGACUGAUCUAUGAUACCAAGGGUCGCUUUGCUGUUCAUCGCAUUACACCUGAGGAGGCCAAAUACAAGUUGUGUAAAGUGAGAAAGAUAAUUGUGGGCACCAAAGGAAUUCCUCAUCUGGUCACCCAUGAUGCUCGUACCAUCCGCUAUCCUGAUCCACUCAUCAAGGUAAAUGAUACCAUUCAGAUUGAUUUGGAAACCGGCAAGAUUACAGAAUUCAUCAAGUUCGACACUGGCAACCUGUGCAUGGUAACCGGAGGUGCUAACCUGGGAAGAAUUGGUGUGAUCACUAACAGAGAGAGACACCCUGGUUCUUUUGAUGUAGUCCAUGUGAAAGAUGCUAAUGGUAACAGCUUUGCCACCCGUCUUUCCAACAUUUUUGUUAUUGGCAAAGGCAACAAACCAUGGAUUUCUCUUCCCCGAGGAAAAGGUAUCCGCCUCACCAUUGCUGAAGAGAGAGAUAAGAGAUUGGCAGCUAAGCAGAGCAGUGGGUGAGAUGCUUUCCAGGUGGCAUAGUUGGAUAGAAGGGUCUUGAUCCUUAAAGAUAAUACAACAUGAUUUUUAAAAAAGUUAAAUUUGACUCAUCUCUAUGCCAUGUAUACUUCAUCUUGAAUCUGAAAAGCAGCUCUAAAACUACUAAUUGUUCUGUUCUCAAAAAAUUUAAAAAUGGCUUUUCUUAGUUUCAUUAUCAUUGUUCCUUUAAUAGAUUCAGAACAAAAUCAUCUCUGCUUUUCUGUUUCCUUAUUUUUUAAUCCCUUUAUCUAAUCAGUAAGCAACUGAUAUCGUUAGGUGUUCAUUUUUUCAGGCUGAAAAAUUAUUUUCUUGUCAUGGUGGCUUCUUCCUCUUUUUUUUUGAUUCUAGACCCUUUUGCAAAACUUUGCCAACCCACUUUUCAGACUACUUCCAUAUUAAUUUUUCAGUAAGAAAACGAAUAUUUGUAAUCUUAUUCAAGUUCCUUUCAUCUCAGAGGAGUUGUCUACGUGAAAACCCACAAACCUGGUUAAGCAAAAAAUUGCUUAAUCUUGGAAGCAGCAAAGAUGGCUUUCAGUAAGAAAAUAACAUACAUAAAUCUAUAAGUCCAGGCAGUGGAAUAUUGUUAAGUGCUAAAAGAAAUGAGCUAUCAAGCCAUUAAAGAACACGGAGGAACCCUAAGUGCU